AUGGACAACGUGCCUCUUCAAUACAGAUUCUACCACACUUGUGGCCACAUCGGCCUCGGUUCCAUGCUGUAUACCACACCUUCUCAAGCUCAGCCAUCAGAUUCGAGUAUUAUACCAAGGACGAUUCCGAUCUCGUUGUCAUUCAAUUGUCCAUUCUGCUCAGCACCUCAACUCCAGGUCAAUGGCGAAGGAGUUCUCGCUAUCCUCGGUUCGUCCCCGGUAUCUCCAUUUCCGAACGAUUGGCACAUCAUCCGUGCUUGUGCUCUUGAAGACGUGAAGCCCGAAGAGUGGUCGUUAGCACAUCUACCAGGAGGGAUACACAGACAUAUGGCAUGGAUUCCCGAGCCCUGUGGGGAGGUGGGAGCUAUCAGGGGAGUCGAAGGGAUGAUGAGAAGAGGGCUUGUAGAGGAAGAAGUGACAACGGUUGUCUCGUGUUCUUGGCGCCAUCGAAGAGGAGACCCCUUCAGAAGCCGAUUUGCGGGGAUGGUGUCGCAGAUGAAUGCCGCUUUGUUGCCUGGUGAACAUGUUGUGAACUAG